AUGGCUCAAUGGAGAAUGGAGAACUCUGCUGUUCUGGCGUUUCUUCUAAAUAUCAUGACACCGAAUGUGGCCAGAAGUGUGCAACUGCUGGAGACUGCACAGAAAGUCUGGGAGACAGUGGCCCAAAUAUUCUCACAAAAGCAGAAUUCUGCUCAAGCAUUUGAGAUCCGUUCUCAAUUACGUCAGCUUCGUCAGGGAGAUUUAUCUAUCACUGAAUAUGCCACCGAGUUGAAACAUCUCUGGUCUGAAGCUGAUCAUUAUAAAAUUUUUGUUCCACAAUGCUCCAUCGAUGUUGAUGGAUUUCAGAAAUAUUUAGAAGAAGAACGGGUUCAGGACUUUCUAUAUGGUCUGAAUCCGGAAUAUGAAUCUGUCAGAGUUCAGCUUCUCGUCAGAGAUAUUUUACCUAGUUUAGGUCAAUCACAGCAGGUAGGGGAGAAGGUAUGUUUUCAUUGUAAAAAGCCUGGGCACACUAAGGUAUUUUGCUGGGAUCUCCAUGGCCGCUCAAAUCAGCCUGGGCGUAGUAGUCGGAGCCGUGGUGGUCAUCGUAGUGGUGGAAGAACUGGAGGACAGAAUCAUGUUCGUGGACCUGUCCAAGCCAAUCUCUCUGAAGAGAUCGAGAGUGCUGUACACAGCUUAUCUGCAGAAGAGAUCAGACCUUCCGACGAAUGA